UUACGUAGUUUACGUGUAUUGCUAUGGCACCGCCCUUACGUACGCUGCGUCGUGUUCCCCGGUUUAGUUCUAGGGAGUUCAGUUUAAACGAAAGAUGGCGUCGAUUGUGGCUCGCUGCUGUCGAGUCGCGGCUCUGAGGAAGAGCGGCGUUUGGAGUAGCGGCGCGGGACCAAAAUGUCCAAACCUGAGUCAGUGUCGAAACGCAGUGGUCACACCUUCCGGCGCCGUUCUACCAAAGCCUGUAAAAACCUCCUUCGGCCUUCUCCGGAUCACGGUGGUGGUGCUUCCUUUCCUCUAUGUGGGCACUCUCAUCAGCAAGAACUUUGCAGCCCUUCUAGAGGAACACGACAUCUUUGUCCCCGAGGACGACGAUGACGACGACUAAGGUGUAAACGGUGCUUAAAGAAUGACAUUAAACACUGGAUAGCAAGAGUGGAGACUGAAGACGACUUUGAAACGCAAUGAUGAACAACACCUCUGUCUGCCCUUAAUGUCUCCAAAGUUCUCUGUUUCCAUUUUAUUCAGUUACAUCCUCUGAUUUUUUUGCCAAUAGGCAACGUGAGGCUAACCCUCUGUCCUGUCUUCACUCGUUUGCAUGUAUAGAGUGUUCAAUAAAAAAAAUGCUGUGGUAGCCAGAGUUGUGAUUUACUUGAAUAUUAAAACUUGUUAGGGAAUAAAAUUUAGAAUAAACCAUUAAAGGCAAACAAUAGUAGCUUGCAAAGAUUUAGAUAAAAUGUAUUUUGUAAAACAAGACAUGUCAUAUUCCUGAUGCAAUGAUGGCACUGUAGUAUUUUGCUGACACCUAGUGAUACUACACCAGUGUUUGAGCUGUUUUUUUUUUUGUUUUAUAUCAGCAGCUAAGGGAUGGAGCUAAAUUAUAUUAAGACAAAUCACUUAAUACAGCACAUUUGUAAAGAAAAUAUUUUGCCAUAUUUUUUCAUAUUAAUAUUUUGUUUGGCUUACUUGUUAGCCACAUCUUAAAGUAGUUAAUGUCAAUUCAGGUGUACUAUGGAAGGCCCCUCCUGGGAUCCAAAUUAACUGUCAGCCCAUCUUACACAAAUAUUUCAGUAAGGAUUUGUAGAAAUGUCUUUGAUAGCAUUUCAAGCUCCUGUAAAACACAUAGUUGCACCUACAAGAUGGAACAACAGCCACAAACUAGAAAAUGGAAAAUACUGUACAUGUUCAUAAUAAAAGUCUCACACAAAA